CACUGAAAUCUCUAAACCAAGCACCGAAAUCCGUAGACCAAGUACUGAAAAUAAGGAUAAGCUAACUUUAAUGUUAGUAAAAAAAGAUCAAGAAUUAUCUUUUUAUGAGAAAAAGUAUUUUCAGUGUUCAAUUGGAGAUGAUUUAGGGAAAAUAGGUACUGAAUUUAUGAUCAAGGCAAACAGAGAUGUGGUUCGUUAUAAAGCAACUAGACAGGAGAUUUUACACGCAAAAGAACGUGCAAAAAAACACAUAUCGUUAGGGACAAUGACUUACGGUACUGGAGUAAGUGUAGGAAUAGUGGCAGCUUUAGCUGGAAUUGGUGAAAUCAGUAGUGAAGCUUCGGUUAUAAUUGGAGCCGGAGCAUCAAUAUGCCCAGUACUUACAAUAAUUGCUGGAGUAGCUACUAUUGGUUUAGGAAUAUGGGGAGGUACAAUGUUGUGGAAAAGAGGCAACUUGAUUCUAGAAGAGCCAAAAAUACGUGAAAAGCUCAAUCAAAUCAUGGUUAAUGCACUAGCUGCUCAUGAUAAAAAAAAAUAUAAGGAGUUUCUUGAAGCACUUUCUGAAUCAUAUGAAGAUGAUGAUAGACUUGUAAAAUUCGAAAAACGUAGGAUAAUUAUUUCUCCUGAACAUAUAAUUGAUAAACUUAUAAAGCAUGGUUUUAGAUCAGAUGGAAUUGCCUAUUUAUUAAAUCUAAUUGGCGAG